GAAGUACCCAACUGUAGAGAGAAGACAUCAUUUGAUCCAUGGGAGAAAGUCUAACCAUGAAUUACCAGAUGAUAAUCAUGUCAUUAAAUCUGUAUUUGAAAAAUUGCAAAUUGGACGUAAAACAGAAGAGGUAAAAAGCAAUUCUGGAGUUGUUUGCCUCUAAGGAUAAACAAUUUAUUGCAGAUAUAAAAACAUUGUUUAUUCUCAUGUGAAACUUUAGUGUUUAAAUGUUUGUCAAAAUAUUAUUUUAAUGCUUUAUUAUAAAGCAUUUUAUAUUAUUUUGGUUAGGUCACCAUGUUAAUUAGUGCUGUUACAGAUGCUUCUUUCAAGUACUGAAGGAAUAAACAGCAUUUCUGUAUGUUACUAGCUGUUAACCCAUUGAGCCCUAGUGCUGUCCCCUUGAUGAGUAAAAUUUUAUGGCAUAAUGAUGAGUAAAAUAAAGUCGUUCAUGCUUUUUUCAUAUAUGCCAGUAUGUCACCAUUGUUUAUUAUUUUGAUGUAGUUUAUGGAAGAGUAUGAUGGUUGUCAGCAGAGCAAAGGAGAACCUGUUUUAAAAUUGGACUUCAAUGGUGAAAUAUUAUGGCCAGUUAUUGCAAUUCAAAAGGUUGUUGCAUUGUUAGAUAUAUAAUAUUAAAAGCCUUGUAUUAUUUAUGAAUUUGAAUUUUCAGAUAUUUGAAUUUGAAUAUUUGAAUUUUUCUUUAGUUUAAUUUGAUUUUUAUCUGUGUUUGUCUGGUUGAAAAAAAAGAAUUUGACAGCAACACUCCAUUAGUAGAAAUGUAAGUUACAAUAUCAUUCCAUAAUUGUGUAUGCAUUGUGUACCUAUUUUUAUAUUUUGAAAUAGUUUUCAUCUAAUUAACACCUUUAAUUAAAUAAAUAAUAUUUACAGCUGUGAGAUGGUGCAAUUACAGAAUAAAGACUGUACAGAAGCCCAACUUCUUGGUUUUUCCUAUGAUUUUGGCAUAACCGUAAUUUGUCAUCAAAAUGCUGAUGCUAUAUGGUCCUAGCCAGUGUGUGUAUGAAAGCCAUUCACCCCUGAUAAUAUUUAAAAUGGCAGACGUCCACAGGGGAAUGCCUUUCAUAAAUGCACUGGCUAGGACCAUGGCGUCAGCAUUUUGAUGACGAAUCAUGGCAUGGCAGCGGUUAUGCUUUUUUGGCCGAGUCAACCUUCUGUGUGUCUUUAUUCUGUGGUCCAAUGCUCUUUGCAUGCCUGUAAACGCAUCCUGAAUGCUUUAUGUAAACAUUUUAAAUAAUGCCUGGGGAUGAGGCAGGUUCAUUACCAAACAAAACAAUUACAGUAUACUACAAAUCUGCAUGUCCAGUGCAGGGUAGUACAAUACUGUGGAAUAACAUUUUAGUACCAAUAGGGCAUAGUUGCAUUCAUCAAGGGUGGGUAGUAGCGAAGUAGUUGUAGUUUGCUACUGUAGCGAACUACAAUUUUCAAGUAGCCAGUAGUUUUUGACUACUUUUUCAAAACAGUAGCUGUAGUUAUAGCGAACUACAUUUUGCCUAAAAGUAGCCAAGUAGUUGACUACUUUUCAAACAGCAAAUCGCUUUUCGCUACUUUUUAAAAUUGUUAGCAACUUGAUAGAAUAGAAUGUUAUUAAGACACAGUUUGCUUAAAAUCAACACUCAAUUUGCACGAAUAACGUAUGCCGUGCAAAUGUUCAAACUGUGCAAGUGCAUGCCGUCUUAUUUACUCGCUUAAGUCGAUUUGUUAUAGGUUACAUUACAGCCUGAGCUAUAGUAAAUGUUCCAAUUACAGUAAAAUUAAAAAAUAUUGAGUAGCGAAAUAGUUGGCCACAUUUUUUAAGCAGUAGCUGUAGUCAGUAGCGAACUACUUUUGUUAAACAGUAGCAGUAGUUGUAGCUGACUACAUAUUUUUGAAGUAGCUGUAGUUAUAGCGAACUACAAAAAGUUUGUAGUCAACCCACCCUUGGCAUUCAUUCACAUUACAUUACAGUAUAGUAUAUGGCAGUGUAGCCUGUGCACAUCCUAAUAUGUCAGUGCAGUACAGUACAAUUCAAAAACACAGCACAAAUUUGAUUAAUUUAAUACAUAUUUUAUAAAGGGUAUAUAAUUAUUAUUUAUAGACCAGCUAUAUCUAUUGGGUAUGCACUGAUACACAAUAUGAUUGAGUUCCUGGAAUUGGUACCGACAGAUAGCAAUGCACAGGUACAAUAUGACAUUGACACUCCUUCAUCUUUUAGUUUUGAGUAUUUCAUAAUGCAUAAUUUAUUGCACAACCAGCAAACUGGUUAAAAAGCUGUGUGGUUAUUUUUACAUUUUCUAGCUUGCUUCACAAAUUCAAGAGCUUGGCAUACUGCUAAAAAUCUUGAUGCCAUUCGGUUCACCAUCUGAUACCAACUUUAGUGUCAUGAAAAGUUUCUUACUUGGGAAAGAUAUAGGGUGGUUACCAAAAUAUAGAGUAAGUCAUGUUUUCUUAGACGUACUACAUACAAACCUAAAGUGCAUAGGUUGUUUAUGGGCAUACAGUGUGUUAGGAAAACAUGCAAACAAUUGCCUUAACUUUCCUUAAUAUUUUUAGUUAUCAGCAUGGCGACCUUUGGCUGGCAGCAAGACUAGAAAUCAGUUACACUUCACGAUACGAGAGCAAGUCAAUGCAGCAAUAUACAAUGACUCGGAGAAGACUGUGUAUAAAGAUAUGUGUCGUGUUUAUGGAACUGUUUCAUGCAAGGUAGUUCCGAUUAUAUAAUACUGGUCAGGUUCCACCCCAACCCCUCCCCCAACACCCAACCCCUCCCCCAACACCCAACCCCAGUAGCCCUAAUGUGGCCUAUUCUGUGGUGUAGCCCCAAAUAACGGCAUAAAUGUUUUCCCUUUUCAAGGCUGAUAUCGAAGGUGUUCCUGAAGUCUCGCUAAAUUUCUUCUCCAAGCCAAAUAUCCACAUUGCUUUUCAUCCAUGUUUACAAUGGGUGGACAUUACUUCGAAUGGGAGAUCAGGCUCUGUAGGGGACUCAUCACCAGACUUCUACCGAACUGUAGAACAAGUCCCAGUCUCCAGAACUGUUUGUUUCACUCCGCCACAUGAAAUGUUUCCACUUUGCCAUAUGAAUGGUGACUCGCAACUUCCCGUGAAAGGUGUUUAUCAGUUGAAGACUGAGGUAGGAUGAUUGGAACUGGAUUGAAUAAUGUCCAAUUUAUACGAAUGAUCCAAUGUGGACAAUGAUAGUUUGUCUCAUAAUUCGUUUGUGUAUAAGCGCGGCUAACCGACUUGCUUGUGUGUGCGUAGUUCAUCUUGACAGACGAUUCGACUACCGUAUAUUUACUUGAUUGAGCGCCGCCCCCGAUUGAGCGCCGGCCCCGAAUGAGCGCCGCAUCUGAAAGUCUAAAAAAUUAAAGAGCGCCAUGGCGCUUAAACGAGUAAAUACGGUAUGUCAACGAGAUGUGUUCGAACUGCUUUGUUCCCAGUUGGUGACAAGCCUGGAACAGGUUGUUAUCAUCUUGUAACAUUAGGUUGAAGAGGACAACAGACACACAACAGGUACAAGUUGUUCCAACAAGUCUGAUAUCGUCUAGCAGUUGUUAACACGUUCGUGACAAUAAGCUCGUAGAAAUUUGUUACAAACAGCUUGUAUUACUGUGGUCUUGUUGGAACAACUUGUAUCAAGUCUGCUACCAUCAUCAUUCCAUCAACCUUGUAACAAGGAGAUAACAAUUUGUUCCAGACUUACAAGUCACAACAAAUUGUUCUCUGGAACAAGGAUCAUGUAAGGUAUAUCAUGUAGGUUCAUUGAGGAUUUUAUAAGAUUUAAAGAUAUUAUUUCUUCAGAGAGAGGUCACACAUGUUCAAAUCCAACUUCAACUGAGCGAGGGAGUAAAGAAUUCAUUUGAAUAUUUCGAAAUCCACAUCCCAUUUUUUCACAGGCAAGUAAAAGUUCGAUAUUCUAUGCAUUCUUCAAUUACCCUUAUCGGUGAAAGACUGAUUUGUUCGUUAAUUGUUCAAUUAGUAAGUUAAUUGGUUGAUUAGUAAGUUACACAAUUUGUUCUAUUGAAAGAAUAAAUGGGAUUUAUAGAAUAAAGUUCUAAUUUCAGUGGACCGAUCAAUAAAUGGGACUUUGCCAAUACGUGGGGAACAGUUCUUGUUUCGCCAGAGAAAAGAAAACUUGUUUGGAGUUUAGGUUUGUUCCGUGUAUCGUUAAUACCCUAAAUUUUACAAGUAUAUACCUCUGUAUCAUGUGUACAUCUAUAGACCUCUUGACUUGGCUGCGUUUUUCUAGGGCAGAGAUUUCCAAAGUCGUUAAAAAUCUCGCUGAAUGCCACUGUGUUGCUUGCUGAAGCUGCUACAACAUCUGAACGAAGUAAUUUGAAGGAGAAUCCUUUCUGUCACGGCCUAAAUACAUAUAUCCAGGUACACUAAUGCCAGUCGUGUACGCUGGUGGUCGUAUAAUAAAUGGGUCCCACCCAGUUUCGUAUACCUUGCACCCAAAAGCUUAUCCGUUAAAUUAAAUUGAAAUCUCUAUUAUUUAGAUAUUUUUUAAGUCAACAAAUACUUCUGUAAGUGGAAUCACUAUCGAUCCAAAAUCGAUAAAACUUAACCCAAGCUCGUCUCCAAAAGUGCAUGUCGGUAAGUACCAUGGAUUAUUAACAGUCUCGGAAAUAAUAUAACAAAUUUGGUCAAUAUGUGUAAGAUUCUUGGACCCAUCAACCAUAGGUAAACUGCAACCGAACCGCAGUUCUAGGAAUUAUUACCAAUAUUUUUCAUUUGUAUUUUCAGUGAAAGAUUUGGUAUCUUCAGAUUAUAAGAUAUGGAACUCGCAUGGUGACGCCCUAGUGGCAUUUCCGCCUACAUUAUGA